CCAUUCAUUGGAAUGAACGUGUAUUAAGUGACGGCCCUGAUGUCGAACUACCAGCAAAAGUAGCAACAAUAGCCUGACAAUCACUCCUAGCUGACACCCACAACGAAUUGUUGAAUAUUCCAGAGUUUAACAAAUUGUUUCCAACACGAUGACGUCACGCAAACGGAGCGGCAGCGGUUCCACAAAACGUCCAAAAGAAAAGGUUGUUUACAUUUAUGAAUUGCUCUGCCGCGGAGAGGAUCCCAGCGCUGAUAGCCCAGAGUUCUGGAACGAGUUCUUUCUGCUGCAGCCCAAUUUCGAGUCGCUGGAGGACCAAAUCAGCAAACUAAACAACGAACAGCUGCAAGUGGUUAAACCGAAUCUGAAUACGCUUUUCCAGAAAUGCAUCGAAAUGCUGGACACCUCAAGGGAGGAUCAUCCCAAACGUCUGUGCAACAGUCUCCAGACAUUAUGCUCACUCUUCUAUGGCAUAUUCAGAAAGUGCAAUACGGAUGCCAGCUCGAACAUAUUGAACGAGAUCUUUGGCCACGAGACUAUGGAUGAAUGGCUGAAGCUGCUAAUGCAAUACUGCAAUCGCAUUCUGCUUGGCGACGUCACAGAGAACGCUCGGUUCAUGUGCCUUAAACUAUUGCUGGUGCUGGUGACUGGCACGGAUGUUGGACAGAAUGUGCUCUUCGAGUACCUCAUGAUGCACAGCCUGUUCGAUGCGUUUGUACGCCUGCUAAGCGACCCCACGUUUCGCGCCCAGCAUGGCCACGAUAUUGUUAUACUGCUUACCAUCCUGGUGAACUAUCGCAAGCACGAGGCAACCAAUCCGUAUGUGGUGCAGCUCUCCAUUUUGGCCGACGAGCUCGCAUUGAAUGGAUAUGGACAAAUGAUCUCACAGUCGCUGAUUGAUUUUUGCCGCCAGUACAUUCAGAGUUUAAACAACGUGCAAUCCUCUUCGUGGUUCUCGUCGCUGUCAAGCAUGGUUGGCAACAUGUUUGUCUCAGACGAGGGAUGUGAGCGUGUGCAGCAGAUCAAGGCUAACAAUGGCCUAUUGCUCGCCCUCUAUGAGGCAGUGCAUCUCAACCGCAAUUUCAUCACAACGCUGGCUCAUCCACAGACGGAGUCGAGUGCACCGCCAUCGCCGAGCAACACAUUGAGUCUGACGCAGCCAACGCCUGAUCUGGCCAAUGCACCCAUUAUAGACAUGACUCAAUAUCCGACAAAUCUGCUCGUGGCCGUUUUUCAAUAUUGUUCGAUUGUGAUGCAAGAUAACAAAAACGAAUCGAGCAUUGCCAACCUGAAGCUUUGCUUUCUGAUACUCACCUGCAUAUCGGAGGAUCAGUAUGCCAACUCAAUGAUGCACGACAGCAACUUAACUUUUAAGGUGAUGCUGCAUCGCGCUCAAAUGCGCCAUCGCAAGCUAAAUGUGGAUCGCGUAGGCAAAUCGCAGCCUCUGGCUGCCACAUUACUCGAUUUGCUGGUGGAGUUCAUUGUCUCGCAUUUAAUGAAGAAAUUCCCCAUGGAGCUGUAUUUGCUCUGCAUUGGAGUCAUUCAUCGCAUUCUAUGUUAUCAGAAACGUUGCCGCGUUCGUCUGAAUUAUCCCUGGAAGGAGCUGUGGUCGGCCUUGAUUGGCCUGUUGCGCUUUCUGGUCAAUCAGGAGCAGACGCUGGUCAAAAAGUGCAAUAUAUUCCACUUGUCGCUGCAGGUGGUCAACAUAUUCAAUUUGUUCAUUACAUACGGCGACACAUUCCUGGCCACAACGAACAGCUACGACGAACUCUAUUAUGAGCUGAAUCGUGAGGAGAAAGUCUUUACGGAAAUCCAUGCCAUGGUUUUACGCUACACAACAAUGCCGGAGUGUGAGUACAAGGACGAUGUUAUCAAACUCUUGAAUGCUCUUGUGAAUAUACUCGCCAUUGUUAAGCACUUUCAAAACAAAAUUAAGGAAUGGCUGGCCGAGCAGGGCUUGUCCACGCCGACAGAGGAACAAAUACUUGAUGUCGUUCGCAAGAACUAUGACCUUACUUUAAAGCUGCAGGACUCGCUCGAUCAGUACGAGCGAUAUGCUGAGGCACCGCUGCACAGCAGUUUCUUUCAGGCCAUGGUGCGCGAUGUAGUCAAUGAUACGCGCAAACAUAUCUAUGGAUACGUUAAGGAGGCUGUGUCCGUUAUACCCGAGCAGGAUGUGCUGCUGACAACGGCUGUAACCGCAUCAACGCCAACAACAACGCCAUCCACGUAGGAGCCCAUAGACUCCAAGACUGUUAAAAUUGUUUCCUGGCGUUUAGUUAUGUAAUUGUAAAACCUAAUUAUUCAAUCUCUGGAAGCAUAAACUCUAUGUAAUCUAUAAGAUUAAAAGUGCUUUUGCGAGCUUUUGUUAAU